GCUGUCUGGAUGUUUUGCUCUCUUGGUGGCCAUCAUGUCUUUGACCUCUGCCUAUCAGCAUAAAUUAGCAGAAAAGCUCACUAUCCUCAAUGAUCGAGGUCAGGGAGUUCUCAUUCGUAUGUAUAACAUCAAGAAGACUUGUUCAGACUCCAAAUCCAAGCCACCUUUCCUACUGGAAAAGUCCAUGGAAUCAUCUCUCAAGUACAUCAACAAGAAAUUUCCCAACAUCGAUGUCCGAAACAGCACGCAACAUUUAGGACCAGUACAUCGGGAAAAAGCUGAGAUUAUUAAACUGCUCACCAACUACUACCAGUCAUUCGUGGAUGUCAUGGAAUUUCGGGAUCAUGUAUAUGAACUUCUCAACACCAUUGAUGCCUGCCAGUGCCAUUUUGAUAUUAGUCUCAACUUUGACUUCACUCGAAGUUACCUGGACUUGAUUGUGACUUACACCUCAGUUAUUUUACUUCUGUCGAGAAUUGAGGAUCGACGAGUACUAAUUGGCUUGUACAACUGUGCCCAUGAGAUGAUGCAAGGGCAUACUGACCCCAGCUAUCCCCGUCUGAGUCAGAUGAUCUUGGAGUAUGACCAUCCUCUGAAGAAACUGACAGAAGAGUUUGGACCUCACACAAAGGCUGUGAGUGGAGCUCUCCUCUCUUUGCACUUCCUUUUUGUCAGAAGGAACCAGGGGGCUGAGCAGUGGCGCAGUGCCCAGCUUCUAAGUCUCAUCAGCAGCCCCCCUGCCAUGAUUAAUCCUGCUACUUCAGACACAAUGGCCUGUGAAUACCUGUCUGUGGAAGUAAUGGAACGCUGGGUUAUCAUUGGGUUUCUUCUUUGUCAUGGGUGCCUCAACUCCAAUAACCAGUGCCAGAAGCUGUGGAAACAGUGUCUGCAGGGCUCCCUGUACAUCACCCUCAUCCGGGACGAUGUGCUGCAGGUGCACAAGGUCACCGAGGACCUGUUUAGCAGUUUUAAAGGGUAUGGCAAGCGAGUGGCAGACAUAAAAGAAAGCAAGGAACAUGCAAUUGCAAACAGUGGCCAGUUUCACUGUCAAAGACGCCAGUUUCUACGGAUGGCAGUGAAGGAGCUGGGGACUGUGUUAACUGAUGAACCAGGACUACUGGGUCCCAAGGCUCUUUAUGCUUUCAUGGCCAUGUCCUUCAUUCGUGAUGAGGUCACCUGGCUGGUUCGCCACUCAGAAAAUAUCACCAAGACAAAGACACCUGAGGACUACACUGACUCGAACAUUGCAGAACUGCUUUUCUUGUUGGAGGAGAUUAGGGCUCUGGUCCGAAGACACAUCAAAGUGAUACAGCAAUACCACCUUCAGUACCUGGCCAGAUUUGACGCUCUUGUGCUCAGUGACAUCAUUCAAAACCUGUCUGUGUGUCCUGAGGAAGAGUCCAUUAUCAUGUCCUCAUUCGUCAGUACUCUCUCUUCCUUGAAUCUCAAACAAGUUGAUAAUGGAGAGAAAUUUGAAUUCUCUGGAUUGAGGCUGGACUGGUUCCGUCUACAGGCAUACACCAGUGUGGCUAAGGCUCCCCUGCACCUGUAUGAGAACCCUGACUUAGCCAAGGUGAUGAACCUCAUUGUCUUUCACUCCCGAAUGCUGGACUCAGUAGAGAAAAUGCUGGUGGAAACUUCUGACUUGUCUACUUUCUGCUUUCACUUGCGUACCUUUGAGAAGAUGUUCACUAUGACCCUGGAGGAACCCACAAUGUUGCGUUAUGCCAUUGCCUUCCCCCUGAUUUGUGCUCAUUUUGUUCACUGCACUCAUGAGAUGUGCCCAGAAGAGUACCCCCACCUGAAGAACCACAGUCUUCAUCAUUGCAACUCCUUCCUGGAAGAGUUGGCCAAGCAGACCAGUAACUGUGUCCUGGAGAUCUGCGCUGAGCAGCGAAACUUGAGUGAACAGCUUCUGCCUAAGCACUGUGCCACUACUAUCAGCAAGGCCAAGAACAAGAAAACCAUGAAGCAGAGGCAGCCUCCCAAAAAAGGAGAACCUGAGAGGGACAAGCCAGGAACAGAAAGUCACCGGAAGAAUCGCAGCAUUGUCACCAACAUGGACAAGCUACAUGUACACUUGACAGAAUUGGCACUGACAAUGAAUCAUGUAUACAGCUUCUCUGUAUUUGAACACACUAUCUUCCCUUCUGAGUAUCUCAGCAGCCAUCUGGAGGCCAGGCUCAACAGAGCCAUUGUGUGGCUGGCUGGCUACAACGCCACGACCCAGGAGAUUGCAAGGCCUUCAGAGCUAUUGGCCGGAGUCAAAGCAUACAUCAGUUUCAUACAGUCGCUGGCUCAGUUUUUGGGUACAGAUGUUUCCAGAGUCAUCCGCAGUGCCCUCUUGCAACAGACACAGCCACUGGACUCGAGUGGGGAACAGACUAUCACAACUCUCUACACAAAUUGGUACCUAGAAAGUCUGCUUAGACAGGCGAGCAGUGGGGCCAUCAUCUUCUCCCCAUCCAUGCAGGCCUUCGUCAGCCUCCCCAGAGAGGAGGAGCAACACUUCAGAGCAGAGGAGUUCUCUGACAUCUCUGAGAUGCGGGCCUUGGCUGAACUCUUGGGCCCCUAUGGCAUGAAGUUCCUGAGCGAAAACCUGAUGUGGCAUGUGACCUCUCAGAUUGUGGAGCUGAAGAAGUUGGUGGUGGAGAACAUGGAUGUGCUUGUUCAGAUCCGGUCUAACUUCAGCAAGGCCGACUUGAUGGCUUCUCUGCUGCCACAGCUGACGGGGGCUGAUAAUGUGCUAAAGCGCAUGACCAUCAUUGGAGUUAUCCUCAGUUUUAGGGCUAUGGCCCAAGAGGGACUUAGGGAGGUUUUCUCCUCCCACUGCCCAUUUCUAAUGGGUCCCAUAGAGUGCCUGAAGGAGUUUGUCACUCCAGACACAGACAUCAAGGUGACCCUGAGUAUCUUUGAGCUGGCAUCUGCUGCAGGAGUGGGCUGUGACAUUGACCCAGCCCUGGUGGCUGCUAUUGCUAAUCUGAAAGCUGAUACUUCAUCCCCUGAGGAAGAAUAUAAGGUGGCCUGCCUGCUCUUGAUCUUUCUUGCAGUUUCCCUCCCACUCCUUGCCACAGAUCCUUCUUCCUUCUAUAGCAUUGAGAAGGAUGGUUACAACAACAAUAUUCACUGCUUGACCAAAGCCAUCAUCCAGGUGUCUGCUGCCCUCUUCACACUCUACAACAAGAACAUUGAAACUCACCUCAAGGAAUUUCUGGUGGUGGCUUCUGUCAGCCUCCUGCAGCUGGGCCAGGAGACUGACAAGAUUAAAACCAGAAAUCGGGAAUCCAUUUCUCUGCUCAUGCGCUUGGUGGUGGAGGAGUCCUCCUUCCUGACCCUAGACAUGCUGGAGUCGUGUUUCCCUUAUGUCCUGCUUCGAAAUGCCUACCGGGAGGUAUCUCGGGCCUUCCUCCUGAACCGAGUGCUGGCCAGUGCCCACUGAAGGGCCCUUCGGGCCUCCCUGAACCCACGCCACUCUGGAAGCUGUGGUCAUUUUUCUCAAGGGGUGGGAAUGGGGUGGAGUCUGGAGCCAGAGCAGAUGAACAGGCAUAUGGACGAACAGUCCAGGACUGAGA